AUGGCUAAGAUCAUCAACGCGGAGGAGUUGCAACUCCAUGGUUUUGCUGAUGCUAGUCAGCGUGCGUACGGAGCUUGUAUUUAUCUGAGGUCAUCAAAUGGUGGAAGGCAUCAUUCCAUGUUGCUCUGUUCUAAGUCAAGGGUGGCUCCAGUUAAAAUCAUCUCAUUACCCAGAUUAGAGUUGUGUGCCGCGGUGCUACUCAUAAAACUGCAUAAAUUGGUAAUAAGAGCUCUCAAGGUCAAAUUCAGCAAAGUGACAUUUUGGUCCGACUCAAAGAUUGUUCUCAAUUGGAUCAAUACACCAUCGUAUAAGCUAGAGACGUUUGAGGCUAACAGAAUAGCUCAGAUUCAAGGUGCCACAAAUUCGGAUGAUUGGAGACAUGUUCCAACAGAGGUGAAUCCGGCGGAUGUGAUUUCUAGAGGUCAAAUGCCAGCUGAUUUCCUAAUCAAUCAAUUGUGGAAGCAAGGUCCGAUUUGGUUGAGAGAAGAAGAAGAAAACUGGCCUCCAAAAUUCCAAGUAACGCAAGAUAAACAAAAAAGUUCAGACAAAAUUCAAGUAUUAACUGCUGGGAUCACUCAACGUUGGAAUUUGUGGGACGCAUAUUCAUCAUUGAGGAAACUCAUUCGAGUAGUCGCUUAUUGCAUCCGGUUUGGUCAAAAUGCACUUCUAAAAUUGCACGUUUAA